GAGUCCCACGCGGAAGUCAGGUAGGACGCGCCCAGCUGCCUUGCUGCCACACUUCGGUCCAGCUCUGCGGGCACCGCGAUCGGUCGCUAGCCCCUCGCCAGACUCUGGGACCAGCAUGCAGGGAAGGUCAUCCGGGCCUGGGCCAACGACUGGGUAGCUCUGGGAGGAGACCCAUGCGGAGGAUGAGAGCGAAACCAGCCUCCCACUCAGCCUCCCUGGGGCUCUGCCAGGCUGAGGAGAGCCUCCGGAUCCUGGUGGGGACCGAAGGAGACAGCCUCCCGCUGACGGAGAUCAACGCCGGGGAGACCGAGGCCUCCGAGCAGUGGGAUUACGUCCUCGUGGCUGACCGCCGCACCCAGGGAAACCCCAGGCAGGCCUGCCAGCAGCGACGGUUCCUGGAGGAGCUCAGGACAAAGGGCUUCCAUUGCAAGAGGAUUGAGGACCGCGACAAGGUGUUCUUCGGGGUCCGAGCCGACAGCAGGAUCUUUGAUCUGUACCGCACACUCCUCAUGGAGCCUGAGGGUCCUGCCGCCAGAGUGCAGCCUGCCAGGCCAGCCCCCAUCCCAGCCACCACCAGAAUCCGAAUUGUCAACUUUGUCCUGAACAGCAAGACAGCAGCUGGUGACACGUUAGAGGAUUUGGUGAAGAACGGGGUCUUUGAGACCAGAUUCGCCCUGCACAAGGGGGAGGACAACCUGAAGAAGAAAUGGGCCCAGUGGAGAAACAUGGUGCGCGAGCAGCCGAUUGAUGACAUCAGGGACUACUUUGGCGAGAAGGUGGCCCUGUACUUCGCCUGGCUGGGCUGGUACACAUACAUGCUGGUGCCCGCUGCGGUGGCCGGCCUCGUCAUCUUCCUGAGCGGCUUCUCCCUGUUCAACGCCAGUCAGAUCAGCAAGGAGAUCUGUGAGGCGGACGACAUCCUGCUGUGUCCUCGCGGGGACCAUGGCCGCAAGUACCAACGGCUCUCGGACACCUGCGUGUUUGCCAAGCUCACUCACCUCUUCGACAACGAGGGCACCGUGGUCUUUGCCAUCUUCAUGGCUCUGUGGGCCACCGUGUUCCUGGAGAUCUGGAAGCGUCAACGAGCCCGAGUGGUCCUGCACUGGGACCUGUACGGGUGGGACGAGGACCAGGAGGAAAUGGCACUUGAGCUCAUUAACUGCCCUGAUUACAAGCUCCGGCCACACCAGCACUCCUACCUGAGAAGCACGGCCAUCCUCACUCUGUGUCUCUUGAUGAUCUGCCUCAUGAUCGGCAUGGCCCACGUCCUGGUGGUCUACCGUGUCCUGGCCGCCGCCCUCUUCAACUCCGCCCUGCUCUUCCAGGAAGAGCAGGUGACCACGGCCGUGGUGGUGACCGGGGCCCUGGUCCACUACGUGGCCAUCCUCAUCAUGACCAAGGUCAACAAGCGUGUGGCCCUCAAGCUCUGUGACUUUGAGAAGCCCAGGACGUUCUCAGAGCGCGAGAGCAAGUUCACCGUCAAGUUCUUCACUCUGCAGUUCUUUGCCCACUUCUCCUCCCUCGUCUACAUCGCCUUCAUCCUGGGCAGGAUCAAUGGUCACCCCGGGAAGUCUGUGCGCCUGGCGGGGCUGUGGAGGCUGGAGGAGUGCCAUCUCAGUGGCUGCAUGAUGGACCUGUUCCUGCAGAUGGCCAUUAUCAUGGGUCUGAAACAAACACUCAGCAACUGCAUGGAGUACCUGGGCCCGUGGCUGGCCCACAAGUGUCGCUUGAUACGGGUCAAGCUGGGCCACGCAUCCGCAUCCGAGGACCCUGAGCUCAGGGACUGGCGGCGCAACUACCUCCUGAACCCAGUCAACACCUUCAGCCUGUUUGACGAGUUCAUGGAGAUGAUGAUCCAGUACGGCUUCACGACCAUCUUCGUGGCGGCCUUCCCGCUCGCCCCGCUGCUGGCGCUCUUCAGCAACCUCGUGGAGAUCCGCCUGGACGCCAUCAAGAUGGUCAGGCUGCAGCGGCGCCUGGUGCCCCGCAAGGCCAAGGACAUCGGGACCUGGCUGCAGGUGCUGGAGACCAUCGGCGUGCUGGCGGUCAUUGCCAACGGAAUGGUCAUCGCCUUCACAUCGGAGUUCAUCCCCCGAGUUGUGUACAAGUACCACUAUGGCCCGUGCCGAAAGGGGGCCGACCCUGCAGUCGACUGCCUCACAGGUUACAUCAACCACAGUCUGUCCGUGUUCCACACCAAGGACUUCCAGGACCCCAUCCGGAUAGAGGGCCCAGAGAACGUGACUGAGUGCAGGUACCGGGACUAUCGCAACGCUCAGGACUACAACUUAUCCGAGCAGUUCUGGGUCCUCCUGGCCAUCCGCCUGGUCUUCCUUAUCCUGUUUGAGCACGUGGCCUUGUGCAUCAAGCUCAUUGCCGCCUGGUUCGUGCCCGAUGUCCCCCAGUCGGUAAAGAACAAGGUUCUGGAAGACAAGUACCGGACACUCCGGGAAAAGAUACGCUCCAGCUGCAAGAGCACAGAUGUGUAGGAGACCCAGAGCUGGCCAAGAAGACUGGUGCCCGGAGCUGGGACUCAGAACCACCACCACCUCCCCCCCCCACACCCCUUAUGUGUGGGGGCCCGGGAGGCCGGUGUAUACGAGGGGUCUUGGAGGGCCUGCGUGCGUUUGAGGUGUUGCGGACCAGCGCUCUGUGGUCUAGGAGGCCUGUUUCACGUGUUAGGGCUCAGGCUUGGAACAGCCCUGACUUGAACUCUGACUGACUCCUGCCACCCACGGAACUGGGGUGGGGGGGUGCUUCUCGGCGGUCAGAACACAGGAAAACCAGCCCAGUCUCCUGAGCCUCUCUCUGACUUGUGGGACCCAUAUCCUACCCUCCCCCCCCCCCCCCAAUUCUGGCUGGUCAGGGGGCCCUGACCCCACCUCUCUGGCUCUCCUCAGCCUGAAGAACUUUCUAUAAUAAAAUAAAAACUUCUUCAUGUCAA